AGUAUAAAUAGUGGACCUGCAGUGCCAAUGGUGUUUUCGUUCGCAAGUGAUUGGCGGAGACUUAUAUUAUAAUCAGUAAUUUGUUGCUAUUUGCUUUGAUCUUUCGGGAAUAAUUUUUGAAAUGGAUUCGGUGGCUGUCAAUUUUAAUAACACUGAGGAGCAGAAACCUGGUUUUUCUUCUUCCAACGAUCCACAUGUUUCUAAAACAACCAAGUUGCAGGACAGCUUCGGGUUUUCGGAUAACAGAAACUCUGGUAUCAACCACGAGGGGAUUAUGUCGUCUAUGACUCCAUUGAUGCAUGGGCUUACAGGCAACGAGCUGUUGAAUAUGCUUGCCCAACAGGAGCCUAGGGUCGCCGACUCGGCACCGGCCGUUGCCGAAAUGGAUUUGUUCAACAACGUGCGUUUCAACGGAUCCGAGGUUCUGAAUGACGAUGCCAGUCUGAAUAGCAACUAUUUUUCGGGUUAUAGUUGUUCAGAAUCGACUGCGUCUGAUUUGUGGCCAGAUAAUGCAAGCUUGCAAAACUCGAGAAGCAAUGAAAUGAAUGAUACUUUCGAGUUUCUGGUUAAAAGUAUUUCAUCGGCAAACAACUAUUUGUCGAUGCUUACUCGAGAGCAGUUGUCAGUUCUGCGUUCAAUUCGCCCCAGUUUGUUGUACGAGUUCUUGCAAGAGAUCGCGAAAGCCCGCAGUGACAGACGCGUUCGUCGUCACUUGCCGAACGAAUGUGCUUUUUGCAAGAAUAACGGGGAGAACGAGGAGUGUUACUCGUCGCACGUGUUGAAGGACGGUCGCGGGCGCGUGUUGUGUCCCGUGCUGCGCGCCUUCCGCUGUCCGCGCUGCGGCGCCACCGGCGACUCGGCUCACACCAUCAAGUACUGCCGGGAGGGAUCCGAGUCAGGUGGUUUAGCUUCACGUCGCCGCAUGCAGCCAUCAGCGGGUCUGCUGCUGAACGCUGCUGGAUUCGGGCCAUCACGUACACAAGCCUGCGCCCCGGCCGCGCCCGCCGCCUCGCCGUCCCCCAUGCCGGCUAAUUCUUCCCUCCCAUACAACUGGUCCAAUUUCACUCUUAAUUAAAUUAUGCAACGGAAAGCGGGGUUCAUCCAUCAAUUGUCUCAUGAAUUUGAUUUGGUUUUUACUCCAUCGAUAGGUAUUUGUCCAAUCAUUGCUAGGUGACGUAGUACAUAGUAUUUGAAUACUAUGUAUUUACCAUCGCCCUGCUAACAAUAAGAUAUAUGAUUUAUGGAUGUUCCCAAUCUCCUUUCGCGUGGAAGAAGUUGAAAAGCGGGUAUAUUGACUCUUAGGUGAAGCGCAAAUGAUGGUCAAUUCAUACAUUGCAGGCAGAUGACCAAACCUUAGUAAAGACUGUAAUUUGAGGAAAUGAGGUGGCGCAAUACACCGCUCUGUCUUACUUUAGGAAAUUGUUGGCCAUUACGACAGCGAAAAUGUAAUAAGACCACAUUUCCACCUCAUUAUUGCUCAGCGUCUUCACCAACCGCCAACUUUAUAUUACGAAUGGACCACUUAAGGAAUUUGUUUUUAAGUCUAACAAGACUUUAUCUGUGGCAGUUGUCUUUUGUUAUCAUCGUAACGUAGAUUUCUGUUAUAAAUUACUUUUGGUAUUUUUUAACAUGAACGCUGCGUUCAAAAGCUAAGAUCGUUUAUUUUAUACUUUCUAAGUAUAAAGGUGAACACUGAUAGAUAUUCUCUAUUCAUUCUAUUGUUUUAAAAAGUAUGCGGGCCGUACUUUGACACACUAGCGCCAGGAAAACUGCUGCAGAUAAAUUAGUUAUGUAUUCCACUUUCCUCAUUCUUUUUUCAUUGGUUUUAAAAAUAUAUUUCCCCAAUAUUAUAAAUUUCGAAGUUGAUUCAAAUUAAUAAUAAUAUUACAUUACGAAUUUGUUUCUAAAUAGAUAUGAAUUUAUUGUCAAUACGAAUCAUUCAAUACCUUAAUAAAUUACUGCUUGAUCCGUUGAAAUUAACUCUGGUAGCCUUGCCAAUGAAAAAAAUAUUUUGUUUCAAUAGAUAUACUAUUUUUUAAUCCAUAAAAGUACUUCCAAGUAACUACGUAUGUUCUAUUUUUCUUUAUUCAAAUAAACUUAUCUUUGCAUUUAAU